AGGCGGUCUGCAGCAGAGAGGAGACAGACGUGGCUCGCUCAGGUGUGAAGGCAUGCAGAGAUCACUGUGACUGUGACUGUGUCUCAUAAAGGUCCUGCAGGCCCCGGGUCCUGCACCCCCCCAGGCUGACCACAGGGGCUAUGACAGAGAGAGGAAAGGUUUCCCAUGGUGCUUUGCUGCUCAUCCUGCUGGACUUCACAAACUAUGCCUGGUUCCUGCCGUCGCCCCAUCAUGUCUCCAUUGAGUCCGUGAACAUGAGGCACGUCCUGAAGUGGCGCCCCCCGCAGGCCGUCUGCAACACGACCCUCCUCUACUCUGUCCAGUUCCAGGGGGAGUUUGAGCUGAGGAUCCUGAACGGAAGCUGGCUCAACGCUCCAGACUGCCAGCGGAUCGCUCACACUCGCUGCGACCUGACCUCUGACCUGGCCUCAGACGCCGACUACAACAUCCAUGUCCGAGCGCAGUGCGGGCCCAGCGUCUCGCCGUGGAGCAAACUGCCCCGAGCCUUCAACAGGAGAGACAAUCAAACGUCUCUCUGUGCAGCGUUCCUGACGGCGCCUCAGAUGGCGGUGGCGGCGGUGGGCGGCGGUCUUCAGGUGUCGUUCAGCGAGCUCCCCCUCACCGUCGUGGUCAGCGUGACCGUCUGGAAGAGAGACGAGGAGCAGCAGGUGAAGUCCUACCUGCUGCAGGUGGAGCAGACUGAGCUGCAGGUCGCCGCCCUGCAGGAGGGAGCUGAGUAUUGCGUCAGCGCUCAAACGCUGCUGGACACCAGGAGCAGCAGCGCCAACACUCAAUGCGUCACCAUCGCCGGUCCUGCGUCCUCGUGGAAGAAGGUCACCACUGUGAUCGUCACCGUGUUCGUCAUGGCCGGCUUGCUGUCCGUUGUGUUUUGGUCCGUCGUUCAGUGCAACACAGAUGCCUGCCAGACAUAUUUCCGUAAAGAGACGCUGCCGUCGUCGCUGCAACCUGACUGGCAGAUUGAGAUACUGAAGAUCCCCGAGGAGACAGAGCUGUGUGAGCCAGUUCAGGAGAUCCAGCCGAGUGAACUGCCUGAGGAAAUGAAUGACAUCAACACUGCAUUCAUGUCAUGUACAAAAGAUGGUACAACCAAGCCUCAGCUCACACUAGAGUUUACAUAGCCAGUGGUGCUAGAAAAACUGCACAGUUCACCUCAGCUGUCAGACGGUUAAUACCACAGAAAAUAAUGUUUAACUCAGGUCCCAUGUGAACUGGUUUGUUGUGGUUUAUGGUUGACAUGAACUGAAAUGUGUCAUUUCUAUGUGUGAAAAAGCUCAUAUGAGGAUAUGUCUUGAGAAAACUGCAGCCAAGGUGUGUUGAUGGUGACUAUUUCCAACGAGUGAUGAUGGCUUCAGACCCUCAAGUCUUUCUCAAGGUUGUUUCUGUGUGACUUACUGGAAGCAGAAAAUGAGGAA